AUCUUUCUUCAAGCGCAAACCAGCAGACAGGAAAAAACCAAGAAUGGAAGCCCUCACACAUUUGGGCUACAACCUCUGCUACCCCACUCUCCGACCUCCUCAUAUCUCCUCCUCCAAGAAAGACUUCCUCCACCGAUCCACCACCACCAGCGCCGCUACUAAUUCCAGUGCGUCGACAUCAUUUCCCGGCAGUAAAUGGGCUGACCGCCUUCUCUCCGACUUUCAAUUCUUGCCCAUUUCCACUUCUGACUCCUCCACUUCCUCUUCCACCUUUACGUCUAUUCCUCCCUCUCUCUCUCCUCCUGACCGCCAUAUCUCCAUCCCCCUCAAUUUCUACCAGGUGUUGGGAGCUGAGGCACAUUUUUUGGGAGAUGGGAUAAGGAGAGCUUAUGAGGGUAGGGUUUCGAAGCCCCCACAAUAUGGUUUCACCCAAGAUGCUCUUAUCGCUCGAAGACAAAUCCUUCAAGCUGCUUGUGACACCCUUUCUAAUCCCAAUGCUAGAAGGGACUAUAAUUUGGGUCUUUCUGAUGCAUUUGAAGAGACCACCCUCUUUGAUGUCCCUUUUGACAAGGUGCCAGGUGCAUUGUGUGUGUUGCAAGAGGCUGGAGAGCCUGAACUGGUCCUUAGGAUUGGAGAUGCAUUGUUGAAAGAAAGACUACCCAAACCCUUCAAACAUGAUAUUGUGUUGGCAAUGGCCCUUGCCUUUAUUGACUUCUCGAGGGAUGCAAUGUCAUUGUCCCCUCCUGAUUAUGUUUUUGGCUGUGAGGCUCUGGAACGUGCUCUAAGACUAUUGCAGGAGGAAGGUUCAAGUAGUCUAGCACGAGAUUUACAAGCAGAGAUUGAUGAGACAUUGGAGGAGCUUAAACCCCGUUAUGUUUUGGAGCUUUUGGCUUUGCCUCUCAGUGAUGAAUUUCGGAAGAAAAGAGAUGAAGGCCUUCACGGUGUGCGCAAUAUAUUAUGGUCUGUUGGAGGAGGUGGUGCUGCAGCUAUAGCUGGAGGUUUCACUCGUGAGGAUUUCAUGAAUGAAGCCUUUCUGCAUAUGACAGCAGCUGAGCAGGUUGAUCUUUUCACUGCCACGCCAAAAAAUAUUCCAGCUGAAAGCUCUGAAGCUUAUGGAGUAGCUCUUGCAAUUGUUGCUCAAGCUUUCAUUAGCAAGAAGCCUCAUCUUAUUCAAGAUGCUGACGGCUUGUUUCGACAGCUUCAGCAAACCAAAUUGGUGCCUAUAGGAGAUUCAAUCUCUUUAUAUCCUGCUCAAGAAAAUCGUGAGAAAGAUUUCGCAUUGGAGAGGGGCCUUUGUUCUGUAUUGGUUGGGGAUCUUGAUCAGUGUCGGAAUUGGCUGGGUCUGGACAAUGAAAACUCACCCUUGAGAGAUCCAUCAGUUGUGGAGUUUGUUCUGGAAAACUCAAGGGAUGAUGAGGAUAACGAUAUGCUCCCAGGACUCUGUAAACUGUUGGAAACCUGGCUCAUGGAGGUGGUUUUCACCAGAUUUAGAGAGACACAAAGUGUUCAGUUCAGACUAGGGGAUUAUUAUGAUGAUCCUAUUGUUCUGAGGUAUUUAGAGCGGCUGGAGGGAGGAAGUGGUUCCUCAUUAGCUGCUGCAGCAGCCAUAGUAAGGAUUGGAGCUGGAGCUUCUGCAGUAAUUGAUAACGUCACAACUAGUGUCAUACAGGCAUUACAGAAGGUAUUUCCUCCUAGCUAUGGAGAAGAACAUAUAACACGCCAAGAAGAUGUUGCGGUUAAUGGCUUUGGAAAUGAGGAUAUUGUGGCGGGGCUUGAAUUUGAUAAUACAUCAAAUUACGCUGAGUUAGCAAGUAAAAAUAUUGCUGAAGAAAUUUAUGAACAAGAACAGAUUACUGAGAAAAUCAAAGAUGUAGGUGUGAAGGUUUUGUGUGCUGGAGUGGUGAUUGGGUUGACGACUUUGGCGGGUAUGAAACUCUUUCCUGCUAAAACUGGGUCUGUUUUUCUGCACAAGCAUGUUGGUUCAGCAACUUCAGCUAUGGCUUCUGAUGUCUCCAAUGUGGUAUUUGCAGGGCUUUCAGUAAAUGAAAAUAGUGAAAAGGAAAUACCGAAAAUGGAUGCAAGAUUUGCAGAAGUUCUGGUUAGAAGAUGGCAGAAUGUUAAAUCGCAGGCAUUGGGACCAAAUCAUAGCUUUGAGACGUUGCCAAAGGUAUUGGAUGGCAACAUGCUCAAAGUAUGGACAGAUCGUGCAAGGGAAAUUGCAGAGCGUAGUUGGUAUUGGGAAUACACUCUAUUGAAUGUGAUUAUCGAUAGUGUGACAGUAUCCCUUGAUGGUAAACGUGCUACUGUAGAAGCAACUCUUGAAGAGACGGCGAACUUAACUGAUGUUAACCAACCUGAGCACAAUGAUUCUUACAGCAGAACUUACACAACAAGAUAUGAGAUGUCUUAUUCCGAGUCUGCAUGGAAGAUCACUGAGGGCGCUGUCCUCCAAUCUUAAGGUUCAGGCAAUCUGUAAAUAUGUCUCUUGAUCUUCUUUGUAAGUAUACUUUGUUGGCAGUACUUGAUAAUGCUAUGUUUAUUUUUUGCUGAAUAAGCUAGGGCUAUUUUCAUUGUCAUUGUCGUAGUAAAAAUAUCUUUUGGCUGUGAUGCAAAUAGUUUGUUUAAUUCCCUAAAGACUAUGUAGUUUGUUUAAUUUAUCUUAAUUUCCCUAGUAGGAAAAAAAAGUUACAGAAGUAA